CGAAAACGACGUCAUCUGCUCAUAAUUUGUUUACAAUAUCCGGUUGAUCCUUACUCUGACUGCCUCAAAUGUCGUUCGAAAGCCUACGUUCCUCGCGAAAAGCAAAAGAGGCCAAGUCAUUCGUACAGAAUGCAGCCAUCACGAAGACGGAGAGUCCUUCCGAGCAAGUGGGCGGGAAACGACAUGAAAAAGAUGUUGCGGCAAAUCAGUUUCGGGUAGGCGACCUUACUUCGGAACAGGCGCAACUUCAACCUUUCCAAGUCCGAAAAUCCAGCAUAGCGGGUCGGGGUGUGUUCACUGCGCAGGCCCAUAAACCUGGGAGCGUGAUCACAGCGGUCAAGCCCUAUGUUAGCGUGUUGUCUACGCCGUAUCUAGCGGAGUUUUGUACGAAUUGCAGUAGUGCUCCGAAACCACCCGCGAAGCUGAAGAGGUGCACCAGAUGCCGCGUCGUGUGGUAUUGCGAAGAUAAAUGCCAGACAAUUGACUGGAGCGUCCACAAGUACGAGUGCAGAGCGUUGCAGAAAUGGGAAGAGUCCGCACCAUCUAGCGCUAAGGUUCCUAGUGAUGCUAUUCGCUGUCUUGGACGGAUCGUCUGGGGCUUCAAGCUGCAGGGUCUGGAUAGCGAAUGGACAAGAGAAGUGAAACAAUUUCAAUCCCAUAGAACUUCAUUGCCGCCUUCCGCGUACGAGCCGUACACCCACAUUGCACACUCCCUGAUUCGCUAUCUCGGCGUUGAGUCGCCCCUUGAGCUCGAACCCUUUGGCAUCAAGUCUACUGCAGACCUCGUUGACACGAUCUCCAGGUUCACGACGAACGCGUUCACCCUGACGUCGUACGCACUCAGCCCUAUCGGAGUGGCUUUAUCCCCUAUCACUGCGUCGAUCAAUCACUCCUGCGAUCCCAAUGCGGUCAUAAUCUUCCCUCGAAUAUGCGAUCAACCUCACAUGCAGGAGCCUCAGAUGAAUCUGGUCGUCAUCAAUGGAAUAGCACCUGGAGAAGAGGUCACCAUCUCGUAUAUCGAUGUCACUCUGUCGCAUGAGGACCGACAGAAAGCACUCAAAGAGACAUACAACUUUGACUGCAAGUGCACGCUGUGCUCGACUCCACGCUACGACGAUCCUCGCACCGCAAUGUUCUGCCCUGCGCGAUGCGGCGGAAUCCGUCCUAUCCCGACCGAAGACAGCAGUCCGCCGUGCAAGAAAUGCAAGGCCACGACAGAAAACGUCGACGGCGAGCUUGACGCUCUCAAUGUGGGACAAGAAGCACUAGGAAAGGCCACAGCAGUGCAACACACGGACCCACGGAAGGCAAUCCAGCUUACAACCAACAUCAUCCCCAUCUUGAUGUCUGCCGGACUGACUCCAUCAUGUCACCCCCUCCUCGCCAUGACACGCCUGCACCAAGAGCUUCUCAUCGCGUCUCUCUCUGGGUCAACGACGCAGGAAGCACUCGACGAGACGAUCCGCACCGCGGCGAGGUACGUCGCCGGUCUCUUGGCCAUCCUCCCGGCGGGACACCCAGUGCGCGGUGUCGCCCUCGCGGAACUCGGCAAGCUGCUUGCGGUGGACGAGCCGUCUCCGCCUGCGGACACGGCUGGCAGCGCAGACCGUUUCCCGCCCUCCGGAUCCGCGCGCCUGAAGCUGGCGCACGAGACGCUGGUGAGAGCGAGGGGUGAGCUGUUGGUCGGAUUCGGAACGGAUAACAGCGGAGGGCUGGUCGGAAGGGAAGUGAGGGAGACCAUAGUCCGGUUGGAGCAGGAGCUGGGCGCGUGGACACAGGGGAUUAGGAAUGCGCUGGACGAUGUGAGGGCAGCAAGGUCCAGCGUCUCGAAAACUUAGUAUAUGGAGGGCAUCAGAUUGGAAUCUGAUGAGUACAGCGUUUUGAUUCAGACCACUUCCCCCAUCCAUAACAGCUGUCAAUGCAAUCGUCAAUGCGGUAAGCCCGAGUAAUAUACAUUCUAAUCUCGACCACAGGUAAGUGACUCGACAAGCAGCUCGGAUACACAGUGCGGAA